GAGGCAGAGGUACCUGGGACCAAAGGAGGGACUGUCUCUGAAAAGGAGGGACAUGUGGGUGUGAGUGCAGUAUGUAGUGAGUGGGUGAAAGAGUAUAGGAUGAGGUGUACACUUUGGAAGUAUGAAUGAACAGCCAGCGUGCAUUAUAAUAGUCUGCAGGAUCCUACAAGUCUCCACCUCUCCCUAAGUUUAACCUAUAACUGCCAAGCUCCAUUAAAUCUAACAACACACUGUGGACAGGCUGCCUUCAGGAACACAUUAGUAUGUGAUCAGACAGAGCACAGCGUUCCCCAGCAACAGCAGCCCCUGUGUUACACCAGCCAGGGAACAGAGCCUUCUCAUCACAGCUACAGGAUCCAAAACUUCUCCCGAGGAGCCCCGUCUUCUCCUGGAGGGAUGGCUCAUCCAUGGUACUGCGCUCUGGGAUGCUUUCUGGCUCUGGUCUAUGGAGAUAAGCUAUGGGAUGUUCCCGUUCCUCCUGAGCAGUUUCUUACCUCUGGAAAGCUGAACCAAGAGCCUCAAUGUCAAUACCAACUGCGCCACCUACAGGAUGGAGCCCGUAUAUCCGCUGUCUUGCCUCCUAACAUAGAAGGUCACUGGAUCUCCACAGGAUGUGAAGUGCGACCAGGCCCAGAAUUCCUUACAAGGUCCUACACCUUCUAUCCUAGUCGUUUGUUCAAGGCUCUCCAGUUCUACUACACAGACCCCCAUUGUCAUCACCCUUCCUACUCUCUGGUGAUCAAGGGAAAACUGCGUCUACGCCAAGCAUCCUGGAUUACAAGGGGGGCUACCGAAUCCGAAUACCACUUGCAGAAAGUGGGGAUUGUAUUUUACAGCCAGGAAGCCAUGAGUGACAUCAGGGCCCAGAUGAACAGGACUUGCUCUGGCUUUUUAUCCACCGGGCGAACAUGGGCACCAGGGAGGGUAUACGAGCUUCUCAGUGCUAAGGCGGGCAGAGACUGCACUGCUGCCAUCACCUUCUCUAUGCAUGAGUUAAGUCUAGUAAGAUUGGAGAAGCAAUACAAUGGACAACAAGGGGGAGGACUAGUGGAGAAGCUGUUUCUGGGAGACACUCAUACUGAUCGAUCAGAAAGGGCACACUACCGGCCAAAUGGAUACCAGCAGGCACUACAGAGCGCUUUGCACCAUGUUCACCCAUGUCACGUCUGUGGGAUAAUAUACAACGCCAAUGAGCACCAACCACCUGUCUUGCCUCGCACUCCACAGCCUCCGGCCCACCUUCAAGGCGAAUGGGUUAGCAGCCAAUGUGAAGUGCGUCCUAACGUACUCUUCCUCACUCGUUACCUGAUGUUCCAUGCGGAUAACCGCUCUUGGGAAGGAUUAUACUACCACUACGCCGACCCUCUCUGCAAGCAGCCGACUUUCACUCUUCGUGCCGCUGGUUACUACACCAAAGGCGUCCGCUCUGAGCGUGUGAAGGGUGGCACCGAGUUGGUGUUUACAGUGAACCAAGUUUGGGUUAAACCACUAAACCAGGUCAUCUUACAGAUGCUGAACAUGUCUCGGCCCAGGAGCUGUGGUGUGGCCGAUUCGUGGGCCAUAGGGGAGGAGCAAGAUAUUUCAGCCACCAGAGGUUGUACCACCCUGGGCAUCAGCCUCCCCCACACUGAAUACGAGUUAUUUAAAAUCGAACAGGACAGCCAUAGCCGUCUCCUUCUUUACAUGGGUGAAAGGCCUACAGACGGGUCCAGUCCAUCGACUCCCCAAAAAAGGCCAACGUCAUACCAGCCUUCACUCAUCCAGUGUUCUGGUGCGCUCACAGAGCCCUUGAAGCAAAGGUUACUUACAGACAAUGCAUCGAGCCUUGCAGCUUUGCCUAGGCCUCAUCCUUGGGCCUUGCUCUCAAUGUUUAUUGUAUUACAUAUUUUAAGACAGAACUGAUUCAUUGCGUCUGUUUUGUCAGGUGCAGUUCUCUGACAUACCAGGACACUCUCAUCUUCCUCUAAGAAAGAUAAAAAUAUGUUGAGGUUUUAGCUUUCCUUUUGUAUUGUUUCAAGAUAAUGUACAUAGUAUUUUAUCUAGCUAAUGCACUUGCUGAAAAAGAUAUAUAUUUUUUUGUAAAAAGUCCAGGUGCUGAGGAGGUUUUCCUAUGCCAAAGCCGGAUGGUGUUUCAGAGACUGAACAGAAAUGGCUUCCAACACACUCUUGAAGAGAACCUGUACCCUUCAUUGGGAAGCCUUCCUUUGUAUUGGGUGAACCCAUGUGGACCCGCUGUCUGAUUGACAUUAUAGCCAAGAAAUUGGAUGCAUUCUUAUGUAUACAGCCUUGGUGCCAAAUGGCUGCUGCCACCCUAUGACUAUACAGGUGCUCUUUAGACCAGUACUGUGCUGCUUCUGGAUGGAAUGACUGGUCUCGCUCAUUGGGAUUUCACCCAUAUGUGGACAGUGCACAGUACUCAAAAAAUGGACCCAUGAUUGGUUUAUAAAGGAGAAUGUUUUACUUUCCAUAAAACAGAAUAUUUUUUUUUUUUUACUUAUGAUGUAAAAUAUUUAUUCUUGUGAAAGCUUCUUAUAAAACUUAUCUCAUCUACCCUCUUGCUUAUGUAGGUGCUUCACAUACCAAUGCCCCUUGCCUUACGU